AUGACUCCUUUGUGCAUGCAGUUCUACUUUAGUGGCUUAAUCUUCUGGAUGAUACAGAAAUCAAGCUUCUUCAUGCUGCCCAAUACUACUGACCUUCUUUACCCCUCCAGCAGCCCUGACACCAGACACAUUUCUAUCCAUGGAGUAUCAAAGAUUCGCAGGAAACGUUACGUUUUUUCCAGAGAAAUGAGUGUCCUUUUGGGCUAUCACAAUCAAGUUCGGGCACAAGUUUCUCCUCCAGCUGCCAACAUGGAGUAUAUGGUAUGGGAUGAGAGGUUAGCCAGAUCUGCAGAAGCAUGGGCAAAACGGUGCCUAUGGGAACAUGGACCUCCCCAACUGAUGACAUUUAUUGGGCAAAACCUUGCCAUACACUCUGGCAGGUACUAUUCAGUGAUGGACCUAGUAAAAUCUUGGUAUUAUGAGAAGCAACACUACACAUUUCCUUAUCCCCAUGAAUGCAAGCCUAGAUGUCCUUCCAAAUGUAAUGGUUCUGUUUGCAGCCAUUAUACCCAGAUGGUGUGGGCUUCCAGCAACAGAAUUGGCUGUGCUGUCCACACUUGUACCAACAUAAAUGUGUGGGGCAACACAUGGCAACAAGCAGUCUACUUAGUGUGCAAUUAUGCCAUCAAGGGCAAUUGGAUAGGAGAAGCACCUUACAAAAUGGGAAAACCUUGUUCAGCCUGCCCACCCAGUUAUGGAGGCACCUGCAGUAACAACAUGUGUUAUUUGGGAUUCAAAUCCAACAGAAUUGGUUGGUUCUGA